UAUUAUUAUUACACGUCUUAGCUGGCAUAACAAAAGGUCUGGUCCAUAGCUUAUUUCCCAAAAAAUAAAAAGGGGCCUGGUAGCAAUAGCAUGCCCUGCGAUGAAUGGCAAAGAAUGGCGCAUUUCCGACCGGCAAUCGAAGGGGCUAAGGCCAUAUUCUGUGUUGAAUUGGGAUAUUCCGGUAUAAUAUCCCAAACAAUCUCGCUUCCCUUCUUUCUCGAAUUCUCCUUCUCCCGUUUUUAUACUCCUGUGCCUGCCUGAAUCCUCUCCUUCUGCCUCGUCCCCGCUCCUCUUCAUUAAUUCUCGAUUCCUGCAAAAGAUAAUCUUAUACACCCAUCAGUCAUGACUACAGAAAAGAAACCUCGUCGCCGCAUUUUUUUUACUAGUAUUAAAUCUAGAAAUCAAUUAACUUCUAUGGGUACCUGAAGAUACUGGUGUCUGAAAUAAACACCAAUUGGUUCAUGAAAAAAGACACUACCUUCCGGUACCCAUCGGAUUUAAUUAAUUUCCGGAUUUAAUAUUAGUGGCCUUCUCGGUUAAUUUCCUGACUUUUUUCGUUUCUCUUUUCUAUUUUAGUACAUGAUCAAAUUAAUGAAAGAGAGCCGUGAAGAAUCGCCGGCGUAUGGAAUUGAGACUGGCAGCUAUGAAGAAUCGAAGAUGGGGAGGAAAGGCCAGAAGAAGUCCCACAAGGAUGAAGGAGCGAAGCAAAGAGGGCUUGAUAUAUAGGCGGCAUGCUUCUUAGGUGGAAAAUUUAUUGGAAAUAAAGAAAUGGCCCACAA